AACCACGAUGUAUUACAACCAUCCAAUCGAGCGUUUCACAUAAAUAGAGAAAACGAUUAUUUAUCGAAAGAAAAAUAACAUUUUGGUUUGAACAGAAACGCAAAGUGAAAUUGUUGACAGACGUUGACUGGGGGAAUACAGAUUGAGAGAAAUCUAGGCUAGUCCGAACGGGUGCGGAUAGCAGGGUGGCUGUUUUGACGCUCUGUUACCCUCUAUUUCCUGAUACCAGGCCCUGGGAUAAUCCGAAGAGUGCACCGGAUAUUGGGAAAACCACCCCUCUGAGGCUAUAACGGAAAAUUACUAUUCAUAUAGCCUGAAGGACGGAGCAGAGAUAGUCUACAUACCAAAAUGAGACAAAAAGAGGUGGAGGAAGACACAAAUAUGUUACGAUGAUAAGAUUCUUUACAAAUGUCGUUAUUAUGUUAUUAUAAGGAUCACUUAUGACAGCAUCGGGUGUAGGCUAUGAGGUGCAGAAUUGUGUGCAAUCUAGCCGUUAAAUUGAGCCUAUCUGAUGACAUAGUUUUUGAUAGGCGAUUCCAGCUGCUGACAUCUAUCUGUCUAUACCAAUAUGAACAAUAGGACACAUUUAUUACGUCUAUUGUUAAUAAUAAUUGUAAUUCAUAAUAACUUCCGUUAUUUUGGACUUCUCAAAUAUGCACCUGUCAAAAUCUCCGUACGAGUUCCCCUCUUCCACUUUCUAACGUCCCCUUGUUUCAUUCCUGUUUAGUCAAUUCACGGUCGUUGAUAAUAAACUGAGUUUACCGAAUUUAUAUGACGGAAAAUGUAUGCAAUAGCCGCAUAGAAAAGGGCAAGUGCACGGGAGUAGCCCUGCCGAGACUAUAGGCCACGAUAUUGUCAUCACGACUACAACCGCUCUCUCCAUUCCUCCCUGUGACAACAUCGCUAGGCGUCUGUAAUGUUAUUACCGCGGAGCCGUUCUGCCGCCAGGACCGACAGUUAUACAUUCCUCCUGAAAAAAACUGUGAGUUGAUCUCCUUAUCAUCAUAUCAUUUCGCUUUCAACGCACGGACAUCAUGACAAGCAAGGAGCUGUCCGUAGGCCAGUCGGCCCAAUACGUCGGGCCUUACCGGUUGGAGAAAACCCUUGGGAAGGGGCAGACGGGUUUGGUGAAGCUGGGAGUCCACUGUAUCACGGGACAGAAGGUGGCCAUAAAGAUUGUGAACCGAGAGAAGCUGUCCGAGUCUGUCCUCAUGAAGGUGGAGAGGGAGAUAGCUAUACUAAAACUAAUAGAGCACCCUCAUGUGCUGAAGCUGCAUGAUGUUUAUGAGAAUAACAAAUACCUGUAUCUGGUGUUGGAACACGUCUCAGGAGGAGAGUUAUUUGACUACCUGGUGAAGAAGGGCAGACUGACGCCUAAAGAGGCCAGGAAGUUCUUCAGACAGAUCAUCUCAGCGCUGGACUUCUGCCACAGUCACUCUAUAUGUCAUAGAGACCUGAAGCCUGAGAACCUGCUCCUGGAUGAGAAGAAUAACAUCCGCAUCGCUGACUUCGGCAUGGCUUCCCUACAGGUGGGAGACAGCCUGCUAGAGACCAGCUGUGGAUCUCCUCACUACGCAUGUCCAGAAGUUAUCCGAGGAGAGAAGUAUGACGGUCGCAGGGCAGAUGUGUGGAGCUGUGGAGUCAUCCUCUUUGCACUGCUGGUGGGAGCUCUUCCCUUUGACCAUGACAACCUGCGCCAGCUCCUUGAGAAGGUGAAGAGUGGGGUGUUCCACAUGCCCCACUUCAUCCCCCCAGACUGCCAGGCCCUGCUCAAAGGAAUGAUCCAGGUCAACCCUGACAAGAGACUCACGCUAGAAGCCAUACAAAAACACUCCUGGUAUCUUGGUGGUCGUAACGAGCCGUGUCCGGAGCAGCCUCCUCCCAGGCGUGUGUGUGUGAAGAGGAUCGUGUCGCUGACCGAGCUGGACCCUGAUGUGCUGGACAGCAUGCACUCGCUGGGCUGCUUCAGAGACCGGGGGAAACUGACCCAGGACCUGCAGUGUGAGGAAGACAACCAGGAGAAGAUGAUUUACUACCUCCUCUUGGACAGGAAAGAGCGUUACCCCAGCUGUGAGGAUGAAGACCUGCCGCCCAGGAACGAUAUAGAUCCCCCUAGGAAGCGGGUGGACUCUCCCAUGCUGACCCGUCAUGGCCGGUGCCGGCCAGAGAGGAAGAGCCUGGAGGUGCUGAGUGUGACGGAGCAGGGCUCCCCAACACCCACGCGCAGGGCGCUGGACACCUCCGCACACAGCCAGAGGUCUCGUUCAGUCAGUGGCGCUUCAACAGGGCUCUCGUCAAGUCCUCUCAGCAGUCCCAGGAGCCCAGUUUUCACUUUCAGCCAAUCAGAAGUCACCUCCGCCUCCACCACCCACUCCAAAGACCCCAAACCAGGAAGUGCCACAACUCCCCGGCCGUCACAACGGAUGACUGUGCCCGACCCCAAAACCCAGACCCUGCCCUCCAAAGGGCUCUCCGAUCGCACUCACCUCCAGUCCAUGAAGUCACUACCUCUCCGCUCCCCCUCUGCGUCCCCCUCCCCCAUCCUCUCCCCCAUCCCUCGCUUCUUCUUUUUCCCCGCCCCCUCCGUCUUUAAGUCGGUCACUAAGAGCGUCUAUCCUAACUCUGCCCAUGUGCCACAGGUCACCCCUCAGGGGUCUCCACUCCCCACCCCCCUGGGCACCCCCGUCCACCACCCCCAGCACCCCCCGCCCACCCCUCCCUCCUCCUCCUCUUCCUCCUCCUCCUCGCGGGCGGAGGGAGGCGGCGGGGGUGUGGGCGGGGGCGGAUCCCUCUCCCUAACUCCGCCCUCCAGCCCCGGAGGCAGCGGGGGGAUGGCCGCCAGUAGCUCCGCCCACUGGAGGACACGCCUCAACUCCUUCAAGAACAACCUGCUGGGUUCGCCACGCUUCCACCGACGCAAACUGCAGGUUCCGACACCGGAGGACAUGUCCAGUCUAACUCCAGAAUCAAGCCCAGAGCUGGCCAAGAAGUCGUGGUUUGGGAACUUCAUCAGCCUGGAAAAGGAGGAACAGAUAUUUGUUGUCAUUAGAGACAAACCGCUUAGUUCCAUCAAAGCUGAUAUAGUCCACGCCUUCUUGUCUAUCCCGUCUCUGAGUCACAGCGUCGUCUCCCAGACCAGCUUCAGAGCCGAGUAUAAGUCCUCUGGUGGCCCCUCCGUCUUCCAGAAGCCUGUUAAGUUCCAGGUGGACAUCGCCUUCUCUGAGGGAGAGAGGGACAGAGAGAGGGAGCAUGCCGAGAGGGAAGGAAAGAGGGAAACUGGCAUCUACAGCGUGACGUUCUCUCUCAUAUCAGGUCCAAGUCGCAGGUUCAAGAGAGUGGUGGAAACGAUUCAAGCCCAGCUACUUAGUACUCAUGAUCAGCCAUCUGUGCAGGCACUGGCUGAUGAGAAGAAUGGGCAGCUGACCUCGCGUCCGCCCGGCACCCCGACCCGGCAAAACUCCCGACGUUCGGAAGGAGGCGGGGACCGGGGCGAGAAGUGUGAGCGUGGUGACGCAGGGAUAGGGGGCAGCGGGAGCGUGCUUCAGAGGAAGGGCUCGGGCAAAGACAAGACCAGACUCCUUUCCUCCAACGGGACACAGUCUCAGCCCUGAGGGAACAUUGUGGAAACAGACAUCAACAGAACAAGAUAGGGCAGACCGUUAGAGAGGGAUGACAUUAGAGAACAACACAGACAAAACCCCCUCAGACUACCACUACCGCCAUCACCACUACCACCGUCACAUCUACCGAACCACCUGACCCAGCAAUCAUCAUCACAAACCACUGCUUCAACCUGAAACGGGCCCGACGAGAUAGUUGGCCACCAAGAUAGAAGAAAGAAAAGAGAGGACGAGAGGAAAACGCAGUGUCACUCAUGGACUUGCUUCAGAAGAGAAGCCAAGAUCAGAAAAAUGUCUAAGUGUACAUUUGAAGUACAACACAUCAUGCAACUGUCAACAACAAUAGGGAGCCAGUAAAAUAAUCAGGAAGACUUAUAUGGGGAAAGGCAGGCUCCGAAUGGUUAAAGGAUAAAUAGAUUUUUUUUUUAAGUUAUCCGGUCUACAACCAAUAAGAUGAAAACCUUUGUGGAAUUUCAGAAAUAACAUCACGAAUUAUAACAGCGUUUCCCAGUUGGCGCGGAUCUACUUUUAAGUUUGACCUAACAUCGUUUUUGGGGGGGGGGGGGGCAGUGAGAGUGAAAUAUUACGGGUCAAGUCAAUUUAGUGGCGGUCGGGGAAACGGACAGGUUGGGUCCUUUCAUCGGAUUCUCAGUGACGAUAAGUUACGAGAACAGAACAGAAACAUGGUACAGAAACAUGGUAGAAUUGAAGAUAAGGAUGAGGAAGACUGCAUCAAAAUCAGAGUGACUCGUCCGAUUGCAUCUUUGCAUCCAAGUCGCUCCAAAGACGUCAAUACAGCCAUUUGAACAAAAUAAUGACAAAUACCUGUUUUUUUUCUCCAUAAUGAAACACCACAAUUGUACAAUUCCUAAAAUACAAUUGAAACAAACUUAUGAAAACCAUCUUGCCUUGAAGUGAGGAUUCAACAAACGGAUAUCUCUACGGAUAUCACCCAAGUUGAAGAAAAAGAACGGACAAGGCAUGGAAGAAUGUCUCAACAGAUGAGUGAACGGCAUAAUUGGAAUCGUUCGGGUAAUUCGAAUACUAUGAAUGGAACCCUCAAGCAGGUCCUCAGAAUGAGGUGCUCAGAUGAAGAUGUUGUGGUUCACAGGAAGUUACCGUCAUCAGUUGUGUUCAUUCCAAGAGGACUGGACCCAACCCUCCACAUCCAUUAUUGUCCUCGACAGAAAACAACCAACCCUCCCUCCCUUACGUUCCCAAUAUGGCCUACAUGGGGCACUGAAUGAUGCGGCUUUUGAAAAGGCCUUAGACACCUAGACGGAUUUGUUCUGUUAGGAGAGCAGAAAGAGGGAGGGAGGGGAGGAGGUGGAAAAGCUCAUUUCAAGAAACAAAAAGAGAGUCUUUGUCUUAAGGAUGACAGAGAGAAAGACAUUGAAACUGCUGCACACUCAUUCCCAGGAGAGGAAAGAAACAGACCACACACAAAAAGAAUGAAAUCCAUUUAGUUUUUUGUUUUCUUUUUUCCUUUUAUGUGAUUUGAGCGCAAAUGAGUUUGAUGUUUGCCGCCAACAAAAUGGAGGAUAACGCUAACCAAGUGAAUGUCAAAAACGAGAAACACUAUUGUAAAAGUAUUUUAUUUCAUUUGUCAUAGAUUUAUUUAAUAUUUAUUUAUGUAUUUAAUUGUUGAGUUAUAUAUUGUAAAGUGGAAAGGGAAGAUGCUGACAAGAAUAGAGGGGAAAGUUCUGUUGGAAUAUUGGAACAGCAUUGAAACGGACAAAAUGGCUGCUUGCAGUUGAAACCAGAUUGAACCGUCGUUUCCAGUGCAGGACAGAAAACAACCUCUUGUCCAAUCAUUCCUCAAUGUUUUAGUACCCAAUGCUGCAAAAAUCCUUCCAGAUCCUUUUUGAUGUUGUGUCUUUAUUGUUGAUUUGUCUUUGUUUGGUAAUAAUGAAGAUAAUUUCCAGUUUUAAAGCAACAAAACAAAGCAAAAACAAAACACAUUUUAAGAAAUGAGCCAAGGAUAGAUUUGAUGCUUUGGGAAUUUCUGGGAUGGCAAUGAAGCAACAAAAAAAUUAUCUCAUAGACACUUGACAAGCAGAGGAGAGCAGGAAAGGGUGGGGGGAGUAAUCUCGAAUUCCUUCUCUGUCACAUUCUGCUAGAAUGUUGUUACUUAAGAGUACAAAGAUAUGGACACGCCACAUAAAAACACUGACUGAGGGCCCAACCCCACGUGCAGAACACAAACAGUAUUCGCGCACACACACACGGACCCUUCAAAAACAGAAACCCUCCUGUUCUUUCAGAGAAAAAAAAAAACAAUUAAAAACUGGACUUUAACAUUGGAAAGCACUGUCCUAAAAGACACUAAACACGUAGUGGUUUCCCCCUACCAUCCCUUCGCCCUUGGCCACUGCCCCCCACUUCCUUCAUUACGACCCCCCACGUACCCCUUCCCCUUGCACAGAGCACCACAAGAAAGCGCCGGUUUCGUUCUAGUCCCUCCCUAGUCCCUCGUCAUCAGUCGACACCUUGUUGUUUCAUGCCACCGCCAUUAAGCCCCUAUUAUCAGUCUCACCCUGCCUCACGUGACCCCGCUGUGACCACGACACAGUAACUGAGACUCACCGCAACACGGCACACCACGUCCCCAUCAGCCAUCAUCACACUUCAUAUCAGUCCGAGUCAACACGCUGCUACCAUAGCACACAACUCCUCGUACAGCAAACAGGGGCGGUUCUGUAGCUAGGAGACGUAGAACAGUUGGUUAUUGUAACUCUUUACUUAGCGUACUCUGUCUAUUGCGGCUGUACUGGAUACUUCCCUGGUGUGAAACGGCCAUUUACCAUGAAAUACGAAAAGAGUGGGAGGCAGUCUUCCUCUAUUUCCUGACCUGGGGUUCAUCUUGCUCCCCUUUCAACACAGCAAAGAACACGAUUAUGGCUUGUUGACUUUUAGUAGCUCACCUCUCAUUGUAGCUCACACCCUUCACUCAAGGCCUUUUGGCAGGAAUCAUGUACCCAUUUUCCUAAUAUCGUGCCGACUCGAACCGUACUGUGCUGUCUUGGAUAUUUUCCUUUCACAUUGUCCUUUCCAGCAUGGUGGAUGUGUAACCAUGCUGGCCGAGCUAGUCUCCAAUGAAAUGCUGCAUGACACUACUGGAAAGCAAUGUAGGGGGUGAUGACUGAAUGUUUUUGUUUUUUUACUGCAUUAAUAUAGGUGGCAUAUGAAUCCAGCACCGUCCUGCACAGAAUAGUAGUUGUAAGAGUUUGCAUAGCCAGGAAUGAGUUUUGGCGCCUUAAGGUGAUGCGUACGGAGGGAGGUACAUGCCUGUUAUAUUUGCUCGACCUGUCCGUUUGUGUCAGGGGUCAUGUGAAUGGGAUCGAGAUGUGACACAAGACGACCCCACAGUCUUUCAUUCUCCAUUACCCUGUGCUUUAAACCAGAGAGGGAUCGUGGGAGACAGCGUUACCCCUACCUUUUGUAUAGGUGGGGUAGGCCUCUCCCUGCCUAUUUCUGUUGCUCCACAUCUAAAAGAGUUUGGCUUCAAUUGGUUUCAAUUGGCGUUGUCGAGGCCAAAGGGCCUGGACGUUGCUGUUACUGAGAGCUUUGACAGCCCGCCUAGGGGAAACUAGGGGAAAAACUGGUUGGAGAUACAACUAGAGCGAAACCCUUCUUAGACAUUAUGUGUAAAUAACCGUUCAAAGUAAAUGAUGGGAUGAGGGGGAGGAGUUUGACCCCCACUGCGGGUGAAUCUUACAACAAAAGGCCCCCUCUCUCUCCAACCAACUCAACCCCCUCCUUGCCCCCUUCCUACUACACCCUCAUUAUCUCUUUGUAUCUCUUCUUGAACCCCCCCCCUAAUCCUCUUAUCCAGAUGAAAAUACCUCAACCCCAGCCCAUCCUUAUAUAAUCACACCCCUCCCCAUGUGUCUGUCCAUUGUAUACAGUAUGAAACCAUGUCUUGAUUCUUUAUUCACCCUGUACUCACAAUAUGAUUAUUGUUGUCAUCAUUAUUGAUCAUUCCAAGAUUGUAAAACUGUUAUUCCCCCCCCCCACCCCCCACUUCAUACACAGUAGAACAAAACAAUUCUUAAAAAUUCAAAACAGAAAUUUGGGGGAAAACAACAUGAUGAGGAGGAUUAAAUAAGAAAUGUCUGUAUUAUAUAAAAUAAAAAUGAAAGUGCACUAUUAUGAUUAUUAUUAUUGCCUGUGAUAAAUAAAGAACAAUAAACUACAUCAGAAGUUAAGAAA